UCAUGCAGUUGGUGGACAAGUGAAUUAUUGUAUUGUCGUGGUGACAGCACGAUUAUUCGGAAUUAAGGCGUCCAGGUUUUUGUCGAUAAUCGGUGGACUGGUGAAUGACGCAUAUCAAAUCAUUGGGAUAAACUGAGUGACGGUAUCUGUGUUGAAUUUGGUGUGAGGUGUGCUGAUUUUUUUUUUUUUUUUUUCGGUUUUUUGGGGGUAAUUGGGGUUUAGUGAUUUGAGAUUUUAAUGAGCACGGCCGCUUCUGCGGCGGGCAGGAUGAUAUGAGCACGAUUGGCAGACUAAGGAUGUCCUCAAAGAGGAAGUCGCCACCAACGAAGCUAUCGGAGGGCGGGGGCGGUGUGGGAACAGUGGCGGGUGCCGAGGAGGAGGAGGACACCACCACAUCGGUGGCUGGUGAAUUAAUCACAACGAUAAAUCCAGACUGCCGAAGAGACGAGACAGCUGAUCGUCUGGAAUCUGAUUAUCAUCAACGCGUUGACUGUGAGUCAUCCGUAUGCUCAUCACCAGGUACAAGUGAUCACGACUACCAGGAUUCACCAUCGUCAUCACCAAAUUCACCCCCAAACAAGCGUCAGAGGCUACCAUACACCAAUAAUCAGGAUCCAAAUUCAUCCUACCAGCAGUACAAUCAGAACGCAAGUAUUCUGUCACAAGAGGCUGCUGGUUCAUCCGAGUGCGGAUCACCACCUGUUCUUCACAGCGAUCAGUACUACACCCAUCAUCACUCGUUGCACAACAAUAACAAUACUGUAACCCACAACAACAAUACGAGCAACAACAGUUCAGCGACAGCAGCAGCUAGCAAGCGAUCUAUGGACGACAUUCUCAAGAGGCUCACCUGCAAGGUCAACAGCGGUGCACUGUCACUUCAGGAUGACAGGCGGACACCGCCACUGUCAUCAACACCAAAUCACAAUACCCAUAGUGGUAUCAACAGCGUAUCGAACAGCCUCGCAGCAUCGCCAACAGCAACCGGAAGGUCACCCAACACGGAAUCCAACCAGGACGGGGCUGCGGCCUUCCACCGGGUCCUCUGCGCUGAUACAUUUGUCGAGAAAGAGCGGAGAUUGUCGGAAAUGAUUCUGCAGUUGCAGUUUCUUAGGGAGCAGCUGGUACAGCAGCAGGACCAGAUCAAGACGUAUCCAAGUCACUUGCCAGUUGACUCGCAGAAGCAAAUGGAGAUGCAGCGGUUACAAAGUGAACACUUGAAGAGACAGCAGGAGCACAUGAUGCAGCAUCACAAUAAUAUACAAGAGCUUCAGGCGCAGAUAACAAAGGGACAAUUGAGUAUGCCAAGCGCUCAAUCACUCAUGUUUCUGCCGUUUCUCGAGCAACUACGUGGUUUACCAGUAUCGUCUACUAUGCCACCACCCACGUCAACUACCACCGGAAAUAAGCAUAUCAAUUCAAUAGCUAAUAUGAUAAGUAGCCACAGAGAGACUCAAAGCUGGGCAACGGCGCACCUAGCCCAGAUGACGACGCAGAUGGACAAAGAGACUUCACCGACGCCGGUCUCAUCAGCGGUAGCGCCGACAGCGCCGCCCCUCCAAGACCCGGACGCUCCACUAAAUCUGACAAAACCAAAAUCAUCGUCAUCAGGUGCAACAGCCUCAUCAUCACCGGGGAGUGAUUCACACUCGACGGGUGCAGGUAGCAGUGGUCAACAAGAACAGCCUCUAGCAGCAACAGCACCCAAACUCUUUCCCCCAGGUCUUCCUAUCCCCCGAAAUUACCUUCCUUCCCUUCCUUAUGGUGGUCUACCACCUCACCUGAGUACUCUAUCAUCACCAAUGGGCAAGGUAAUGGUAAAGGAAGAGCCUGGUGCUGGUGGUUCAGCAGCAGCAGCAGUUGCAGCUGUUGAGAAGCGCUUCGCUAUGCACGGAAUGUACGGUCUGCCACCAAGUGCCAAUGCCAUUCCCUCGUCACCGCAAUCUCAACGGCCAAUGAAACACUCAAGCAGUCGAGAGGAGCCAACCCAAGAGGAACAAGACUUCCUGUCAUCACCACACCUGUGGCGAGAUCAAUCCUACAAAGUCCUUGAGGAUAAUACCGAAAAAGCAAAGAUGGUGAGACAGCAGAAGAGAGAGAACGAGAACAAGCCACAUAUCAAGAGGCCGAUGAAUGCAUUCAUGGUUUGGGCGAAGGACGAGAGAAGGAAAAUUCUGAAGGCCUGCCCCGACAUGCACAACUCCAACAUAUCAAAGAUCCUUGGUGCAAGGUGGAAAGGAAUGUCCAAUUCUGAGAAGCAGCCGUACUACGAGGAGCAGUCACGCUUAUCAAAACUACACAUGGAGAAGCAUCCGGACUACAGGUAUCGUCCUCGUCCAAAGCGAACGUGCAUCGUGGACGGUAAGAAGAUGAGAAUUUCUGAGUACAAGUCAUUGAUGCGACAGAGACGACAAGAGAUGCGACAGCUCUGGUGCAGAGACGGUGGACCUGAGAUGGCUUUUUUGUCACCUGUGGGUAGCGAAAUGGGAUCACAGCAUCAUCCUGCUGGUCCAGGUCCCUCAGCACGACCCUCUGUAUCACCACCAGCUUCUCUGCUGAAUGGCACAGCUGGACCAAGCCAGGAUCAUUCCUCAUUCUACUAUCCGCACGACAGUCUAUCACCCUCUGACAUGAUGAACUUCUCACCGGACAAUUCAGGCUCCAUCGGCGGCUAUGACGCUAGUCCAAGGCAUCAUGACGAGGAUUGAACCGCAGCUCCGGGUCACCCAGCCUGUCGACCCGGAGCACCAAGAACUUAUCACGCACGUGAACUCUUCUGGUAGAGAUCAAUACAAAUCCUUCAACUGGGAUUCAUCAUGGUGUGCCAAAUCAAGCGAACUCGAAGGACUGUUUUUAAGGAUUCGAUUCGUCAAGCACCCGGUGCCAUCGUGGCAGUUUUUCAUUUUAAUUUCUGAUUUCGUCCUGAGGGGCUAACAUCCUCAGAUUGCCAAAUUACACAAGGCCAUCGAUAAAGUGAUCAGCAUUCAAUAUCGAAAGGAUGUUUUGUAUAAAAGAGUGAAUAACGAUUAGAGAAAUGGAUGAUUAAACCGGUGACACUGCGAUAAGUGAAAGAACUUGAGCUUUCAAUCGAGAUACGGAAAACCCAUUCGGCUGAUGUCCUCGUCAUCACAAUCAUUCGCCAUCUUUAAAAGUCGCGCUCCCUGUCCCACGGUAGUGAUGCGCAAGUGUAUGAAAACAACUCCAUGCUAAACGCCUAGUACUUAUAGUAUUUUUAUCAUUUAUUUAUUGAAUCUCAUAUCAUUAUCGAUUGGAUGAGCUAGCGUGAAGAGUACAAUAGAGAUGACUGCGAAUGAACAAGAUCUUUUAUUUAUUCAGAGAUCAUUAAAAUCGAUUAUCUUGUUAUCUAGGUUUUCUUUAUACUAAAAAAAAAGAAGAACAGAGGACCGAUGAAGUUUGGGGAGCUUGAUGUGAUAAUUACUUAUGUGCCAAAUAGCGUUUUCGGUGACACGGAGAGGGUAAUUAAUUUGUUGUCAUUAAUAUUAAUUAAAAAACCGAUAUCUCCAUAGUUCCGAGGCGCCAUUGGCCUCGACGCAAUACAAAAAAUGAAAAAAAAAAAAAACCAGAAAUCG